AGGCGCGUCGCAGCGAGAGCACUCGAUCCGAGUCGGAAGAGCUCGUCGAAGCAGCUAGCACUAGCAGCAGAUCUCGAUCAAUUUCGAUCCUGCUCAGUCGCUAGCUGCUGCGUAAUCAGCUUUUGGUUAGGAUCGAAUAGUGUAAUUAAGCAAGCAAGAACGCUCUACACGAGGCAGCAGCCAUGAUUCACCUGAACCUGAAGCAGCCCCUGGUGCUGUCCGCGCAGAGCAAUGUCUGCUCGCGCCUGGCGUCGUCGCCGUCGCCCUCGGCGGCUGCCGCCGCGGCGAGGAGGGGCGGCUCCCGGCGGCACAUGCCGAGGAUAAGCUGCAGCGCCACCGAGGAGGCCGGCGGCGCCGUGUCGUCCAUCACCGUAGACAAGGCGCUGACCGUGACGGCCACGGUGGAAGCGUCGCCGGCGAUCGGCCAGAUGUACGCCACCCGUGCCCUCGACGACAUCGGCGACCUCCUCGGCAAGACGAUCCUCCUCGAGCUCGUCAGCUCCGAGCUCGACCCAAAGACGGGUCUGGAGAAGCCACGGGUGACGGGGUUCGCGCACAAGACGCUGAUCGAGGGUCGGUACGAGGCGAAGUUCCAGUUGCCGGCGUCGUUCGGGCCGGUGGGCGCGGUGCUGGUGGAGAACGAGCACCACAAGGAGAUGUUCAUAAAGGAGAUCAAGCUCAUCACCGGCGACGACAAGAGCACGGCCAUCACCUUCGACUGCCACUCCUGGGUGCACUCCAAGUUCGACAACCCCGAGAAGCGCGUCUUCUUCACCGUCAAGUCGUACCUGCCGUCUGAGACUCCCAAGGGCCUCAAGGAACUGAGGCAGAAGGAACUGCAGACACUGCGCGGCGACGGGCGCGGCGAGCGCAAGAGGUUCGAGCGCGUCUACGACUACGACGUGUACAACGACCUCGGCGACCCCGACAAGAACCCCGCCCACCAGCGCCCCGUGCUCGGCGGCAACGAGAAGUACCCCUACCCUCGCCGCGGCCGCACCGGCCGCGACAGGACCAGGAAGGACCCGCUGUCGGAGAAGCGGAACGGGCACAACUACGUGCCCCGCGACGAGCAGUUCUCGGAGGUGAAGCAGCUGACGUUCGGGGCGACGACGCUGCGGUCGGGGCUGCACAUGGUGCUGCCGGCGCUGAAGCCGAUACUGAUCAAGAAGGAGCUGCGGUUCCCGCACUUCCCGGCCAUCGACAGCCUCUACAGCGACGGCAUCCCGCUGCCGCCGCAGACCGGCAUCGACUCCAUCCGCACCAUCGUCCCGCGCGUCGUCAAGUUGGUCGAGGACACCACCGAGCACGUCCUCCGCUUCGAGGUCCCCCAGAUGGUCGAGAGGGACAGGUUCUCGUGGUUCAAAGAUGAGGAGUUCGCGAGGCAGACGCUCGCAGGGCUCAACCCUCUCUGCAUCCAGCUCCUCACGGAGUUCCCCAUCAAGAGCAAGCUCGACCCGGCGGUGUACGGCUCGCCGGAGUCUGCCAUCACCAGGGAGAUCCUCGAGAAGGGGAUGAAUAGCAACAUGACCGUCGAGCAGGCGCUGGCGGCGAAGCGGCUGUUCAUUCUAGACUACCACGACGUGUUCCUGCCCUACGUGCACAAGGUGCGCGAGCUGCCGGACGCGACGCUGUACGGCUCCCGCACCAUCUUCUACCUGACGGACCUGGGCACGCUGAUGCCUCUGGCCAUCGAGCUGACGCGGCCCAAGUCGCCGACGAAGGCGCAGUGGAAGCGCGUGUUCACGCACGGGCCCGACGCCACCGACUCCUGGCUGUGGAAGCUGGCCAAGGCGCACGUCCUCACCCACGACACGGGCUACCACCAGCUGGUCAGCCACUGGUUGCGCACGCACGCCUGCGUGGAGCCCUACAUCAUCGCCGCCAACCGGCAGCUCAGCCGGCUGCACCCAGUGUACCGCCUCCUUCACCCACACUUCCGCUACACCAUGGAGAUCAACGCGCUGGCCAGGGAGAGCCUCAUCAAUGCCGAUGGCAUCAUCGAGGAGUCCUUCUGGCCGGGGAAGUACGCCAUCGAGCUCAGCGCCGUCGCCUACGGCGCAACGUGGCAGUUCGACACAGAGGCACUGCCCAACGACCUCGUCAAGCGAGGGCUCGCGGUGAAGAAGGACAACGGCGAGCUCGAGCUCACCAUCAAGGACUACCCCUACGCCACCGACGGGCUCAUGGUCUGGAACUCCAUCAAGCAGUGGGUGGCGGACUACGUCAAGGUCUACUACAAGUCCGACGCGGACGUCGCCGGCGACGCUGAGCUGCAGGCGUUCUGGGAGGAGGUGCGCACCGUGGGCCACGGAGACAAGAAGGACGAGCCGUGGUGGCCCGUGCUCGACAACCAGGAUAGCCUCGUCGAGACGCUCACCACCAUCAUGUGGGUCACCUCCGGCCACCACGCCGCCGUCAACUUCGGCCAGUACCACUUCGCCGGCUACUUCCCCAACCGCCCCACCACUAUCCGGAAGCACAUGCCGGUGGAGGAGAACCGUGAGGACGAGAUGAGGAAGUUCAUGGCGCAGCCGGAGACGACGCUGCUGGACAUGCUGCCCACGCAGAUGCAGGCCAUCAAGGUCAUGACCACGCUCGACAUCCUUUCCUCGCACUCGCCCGACGAGGAGUACAUGGGCGACUACGCUGAGCCGUCGUGGGUGGCGGAGCCCAUGGUGAUGGCGGCGUUCGAGAAGUUCUCCGGCAGGAUGAAGGAGAUCGAGGGCUUCGUCGACGAGUGCAACAACAACCCGGAGUUCAAGAACAGGUGUGGCGCCGGUAUCGUGCCGUACGAGCUGCUCAAACCAUUCUCCAAGCCAGGAGUCACCGGAAGGGGCAUCCCCAACAGCAUCUCCAUCUGACCUCAGAUUUCUGAGUCUCAGCUCCAAGGGGGGAAUUGCAUUGUUGCAUGCAGGCUGCUUGUGAAAUAAGAUGUACCCUCUGUACCAUUGAUUGUACCCAUGUCACUGCAAGAGACAUGUCUGAGUUACCAAGAUGCCUGUAAUAGUACCCAAAUAUUAUGAAAAUAAAAUGUUGACCAGACA